UUGACCGGAGAGGUCAGCCAAAAAGCUUAUAAAAUGUUCGCGGUUCGCUCGGUUCUUUUGCUGCUGCUCGGUGUGGUGGCCUCCACCCAGGGAGCCAAUAUUCUGGGGCUCUUCAGCAGCCACAGUCAGUCGCACCUGAUCAUCCACAUGUCGGUGGCCAAGGCUCUGGUCGAGGCUGGCCACAAUGUGACGGUGGUGUCCAUGCUGAAGCCCAAGGUGACGCACAAGGACAUCCACCUGAUCGUGAUCCCGAUGAAGGAGGAACAGGAGCUCAUUAUGGAGAGACAAAUGACCGAAAUGGCCAACCAGAAGAACUCCCUCUGGAGCACUAUGAAGCGACUGCUCACCGACAUGGAGGUGAUGAUCAAUGCCCAGGCCGAACUGCUCUCCGAUCCGAGGUUCCAGCGAAUUUACGAGACCAAAUUUGAUCUGAUGAUAUUGGGUUACUUUAUCAACGACUUCCAACUGGGAGUUGCGCAUAAGCUAGGGGUUCCCGUGAUCGUUGACUGGAUGGCAGCGCCUAUUCCAAUAAUCGAUAAGUUUGUGGGUAAUCCCGCUGAGGUAUCAUACGUGCCCCUGCAAGGUCCUGUUGGAACAAAUUCCUCGAGUUUUCUUAAAAGAGCUGAAAACCUUGUGAAAUUCCUGUUAAUGGAGUACAUUAUGGUUGUCUUUGAUUACAAAUUGACCGGCAUUUAUAAUGAGGUCUUCCCGGAAAAAGAUCAACCCACUCUGAAGGAGUUGAGAAAGAAUAUCUCAAUAGCCUUUGUCGGCGCCCAUUUGAUUGCUGAGGGUCCCAUUCGACCCCUGGUGCCUGCCACUAUUGAAAUUGGAGGCAUACAGGUGAAGGACAAGCCGGAUCCGCUGCCCAAGGACAUCGAGCAGUUCCUGAACAAGUCCUCCCAGGGAGCUGUCUUUCUCUCCCUCGGCUCGAACAUCAAGAGCUCCACAGUGAAGCCAGAAAUUGUGCAGACCAUCUUUAAGGUGCUGUCGGGACUGAAAGAGAAUGUUAUCUGGAAAUGGGAGGACUUGGAGAACACUCCUGGCAACGCAUCCAACAUACUGUACAAGAACUGGCUGCCCCAGGAUGAUAUCCUGGCGCAUCCUAACACCAAACUCUUCAUCACACAUGCCGGAAAGGGUGGCAUCACCGAAGCCCAGUACCAUGGAGUUCCCAUGGUGGCCUUGCCCAUUUUUGGGGAUCAGCCCGGAAACGCCGCAGUCAUGGAAGCAUCAGGAUAUGGACUGGCUCUGGACUUGCUAACCAUUACCGAGGAUAGUCUGAGGAAGGCCCUUAAGGAAGUUUUGGAGAACAAGAAGUACAGCCAAGCAAUCGGAAAGUUCUCCGCCCUGUACAGGGAUCGACCCCUUACUGCAAAGCAAUCGGUGGUUUUCUGGACCGAGUACAUCCUGAGGCAUCAUGGUGCUCCCCACCUGCAGAGUCCUUCGGUGCAUAUGAACUUCAUUCAGCUCCACAAUCUCGAUAUCUACCUUCUGAUUGCCACAAUCCUGGUCUUGCUUGUGCUCCUAACUCGUCUGGUAGCGAAAUUCGCGUGGAACAAAUUUAGAGGCCAGGCAAAGAUCUCAGAGUCAAAAAAGAAAGAAUGAAAUAAUUAAAAUAAUAAGUACAGCUAAUGUAUUAUUUAUAGAAAAUUGUAUAUUUUAAUAAAAUAUUAAAAAAUA